AUGAUUGACACAUUUAUAUAUUGGAAUUUUAAGGGAAGUAAGGGAAGCACUAACAUACUAAGGAUAUCAUUACCAUGUAGUUAUAAUACAAUAAAAAAUAAAAUAUUAGAAGUAGCCAAUUUAAAUUUACAAAAUAGCUUAGACAUUCUUUUAUAUCAUAAUAAUAGAGUUUUAAAUGAAUAUGAAAGUAUAUAUAACCAAAUGUUUAUAGAAGUUCAAAGAACUAGUAUUAGCGUGGCGAGGAAUUUAUUACAAAAUAGUAACAAAUCAUAUUUAGAAAAAAAUAAAAAUGUUAAUCCUUUAAAUAAUAAUAUUAAUGAUAGAUCAAAUGUAUAUGAUCAAAAUGUUCAAUCAAAAGUUAAUAAAUAUUCUCAAAAAUAUGAUAACACUACAAUUUCUUCCCCUAUAUCUACUCCGCCAAUUAAUGCUCGUAAUAAACCAUGGAAUGUUUAUAACAGAAAUAGUUAUGGUUCUAUUGAAAAAAAUAACGAUGAUGAAGAUAUAAAAAUUCAAGAAAUUAUGGAAAGUAAUAAUAUAUAUAAUUCUGGAUAUAGAGGUCAAAUUAAUUAUUACAAAAAAGACAAAAUGAAUCCUAACUUAUAUCAGCAUAAAUUAAAGAGAAUGCCAAAUUCGUCAAAUAUUAAAAAGGUUCCUAGUUUUCAAAAGGGAAUAUCAGGAUCUGCUUAUAAUACCAUGAAUAAUAAUGCAUAUAAUUUUUCUAAAACUGAUAACAGUUCGUUUUUUGGUGGCUUAAAUCGUCAAAAACAAAACAACAAUGAGGGAUAUAACAAAUAUGAUAAAAAUAAGACACAUCAUUGGUCGGUCAAUAGUUAUAAUAAUAAUGAAUAUCCAAGUUCCGAAGCAAACAAUGAAUAUAUUCAUCCAGAUUAUAUAUGCCAUAUGUGUGGAAAAAAGGGGCAUAGUAUAAAAAAUUGUACAAUGAGUGCAUUUAAUAAUAAUAAAAAAAUAAAAGUUCCAACUGGAAUUCCAGCUAAUUUCUUGACGAAAAUAAAUGCAGAAGAUAUUUAUAAAUAUGACCAAAUAUAUAUAUUGAAAGAUGGUAGUUAUGGUAUAUUAAAAAAUGUUGAAGAAGUAAGUGGAAGUGCAUAUUUAUACAGAAGUGUAGAUGAUAAACUUAACAUUUAUUUAGGAGUAAAUGAAAAAAAUAAAGAUGAAAAUAAUAACAAUAACAAUAGUUACACAAACAAUAUUCAAGAUAAUACAAACAAAUUUGGAUCGAAUUUAAAUCCUUUAAAUAAUACAGAUAAUGAUUCUAAUAAAAUUUCAAAUAUAUAUAAAUGUUUAUUAUGCAAAAAAUUGUAUACAUCCCCAAUUACACUACAUUGCUGUGGUGAAACAUAUUGUAAAUCUUGUAUAUUUAUAUAUAAUAAAAAAAAUAAAAAUGAUUAUUAUCCUAUUAAUUCAAAGGUUCAAUCUAUAAAAUGCCCAAAUUGUCAUAAAUAUGUGGAUACUAAUGAGUUAAUUAUUAAUACUAAUAUUAAAAAUGUGAUUGAUAUUAUUUUAAAAAAAGAAACAACUGAAGAUACACUUGAUAAAACAAAUUUGGAUAAAAAUGGAAAAGUAUUUCGAGAAAAUAUGAAUAAAACUGAUAAUGUUCUAAACUAUAAUAAUAUGAUGGAUAAAGAAUUUCUUAACAACUCAAAUCCUUUACAAUCUCAUAAAACAUUUAAUAUAAAUACAAAAGGAAACGAAUAUAACCCCCUUACAAAUAUAAAUGAAAUAAGAAUAGGGAAUAGUGACGAAAAUUAUAAUACAUUAUCCUAUAUAAAUAAUAAUAUGCCUGGAAAUAUUUAUUCUAAUAAUAAUAAUAUCAUUUUAGAAAAAAACAAUGAAAAUAAUAAUAUCCGCUUUGGAUUUAACCCUUUAAUUAAUACACCCAUAAAUUUACAAGAACUAAAAAAACAACACGAUUUUGCAAUAGCUUAUAUUUCGAAAUAUAAAAUCGAAAAAGGAAUAAAAAAAAAACGGAAAAAUGUUGACCUUAGCAUGUUAUUAGCUAGUAAGAAGGUGCGAUAA